UGGCAACCCUGCUUGUACGGCGGGAGAGCGUUGAUUGGUUAACCUAAAAGUCGCGUGUUUAAACAUCUCGUCGACCGCAGAGUAGCGCUUGAAUUACGAUUGAAUUUCGGUCGAACGAAGGGAAUCCAGGUUCCGGAAGGAAUCGAGAAGAAGGACAGAUAUUUUCGAGCGGGCGCGUAAACCUGGAGCUCGAUUUCCGCUCGCUCCGGGUGGCCUGAGAUGACAGGUAUGUUUCGAGCGGCGACGUAAGAUGAUCCUGAGGAGUUUCCCGUUCGCGCAAUGGGUCCUGAUCCUGUUCCUCGCCAUCGUGAUAUUCUAUCUGCGGCUGCGGCUAAACGAGCUCGAGGAAAACUACAGAUCGCUGCACGAUGCUGUCGUGCAAACGAGGCUCGACACGACUAGGAACGACGCCCGCGUUGAGGCGCCGAGCAACGGGGGCAGUCCCGAGGACGUUGUCGUGAUAUACAACAGGGUGCCGAAGACUGCCUCCACCAGCUUCGUGGGAUUAGUUUACGAUUUGUGCAAACAGAACAAGUACCAUGUGCUGCACAUCAACGUGACCAAUAAUAUGCACACCCUCACUCUCGCUAAUCAGGUCCAAUUUGCGAACAACAUAUCAAACUGGAAUUCUAUAAAACCAGCAUUUUAUCACGGGCAUAUGGCAUAUUUAAAUUUUGAAAAAUUUGGUAUUAAUCGUACGCCUUUGUAUAUAAAUUUAUUAAGGAAGCCUUUAGAUAGAUUUGUAUCUUACUAUUACUUUUUACGAUAUGGCGAUAAUUUUAGGCCCCAUCUGAUAAGAAAGAAACAUGGAGAUACAAAGACAUUUGACGAAUGCAUAAACAUUGGUCAACCUGACUGUGAUCCUAAUAAUAUGUGGCUACAGAUUCCAUUUUUAUGCGGCCACGACCCAGCUUGUUGGGAGAUUGGUAAUAGCUGGGCAUUAGAUGAAGCCAAACGAAAUCUACAAAGACAUUACUUCCUAAUUGGUGUGACAGAGGAGUUAAAUGACUUUGUGGAGGUAUUGGAAAAUGUAUUACCACGAUUUUUCAAAGGAGCGUACAACUUUUUUUUACAUAACAACAAGUCACAUUUACGACAAACUACUCAAAUCAAUCCAUUAGCUGAGACAGUAGAGAAGAUUCAGCAGUCGGUUGUCUGGAAAAUGGAAAAUGAAUUGUAUAAUUUCGCUUUGGAACAUUUUCAUGCUGUAAAAAGACGACUUAUAAAUGCUUCCCCUCAAGAUGCAAAUCAACGCUUUAUGUACGAAAAGAUACGGCCAAAAUAAAUCUCUACUUUUUUAUAUAAAACUUUA